AUGACGCUGCUGUAUUCAGUCCAGGCCAGAGAGGGCCAGGCCAGCUCGUCAUCCGGUGACCGCCUCAGCUGCCCGAGGGACGGGAGGGACACCGCCUCUCCUGUGUCGCCAGGCCCAGCGUCACCAAGCCUGCUGGCCGUGCUGUGGUCCCAGAAUAUAUCCACGAGGAAGGCGAGUCGAGGGUUACCUGGGGAUAACCUGCCUGAGCUCGGGGCCACGGCCCGGGUGCCAGCCUCGCAGGCCAGGAGCCAGGAACAGAUGAACGCGACGGUCUUGGCCCCUGGCCUGGGGAGGGCAGAUCUCACCAACCUGCACAUGCUCAGGUGCAUCUCACCAGCUGCAGGAGCAGCAGCCACCGUGUUGCCAUGA